AUGAAAAGUAUCCGCCAAACUUUGUUAGAUGCUGGUAUUACUUACGAAAUGCUGAAGACAAAGCACUCUGGAACUUUGACCAAAAAAGGCCAUGUAAUCCUCAACCACCAUCUUCAUAUUAGUUACUACGGUCGUAUUAGUAUUGGUACACCGCCGCAAGAUUUCAAAGUUAUUUUUGAUACUGGUUCUUCUGAUCUAUGGGUACCAUCAAAACAAACCCGUGAGGAUUAUAAUUGUAAAAUCCUCAAAAAAUAUGAUCAUUCCAGGUCCAGUACUUAUAUUGCUAAUGGAAAUCCAUUUAAUAUCGUAUAUGGUACCGGUUAUGCUAAAGGUUUCUUGAGUGAAGAUGUCGUAACUGUGGCCGGUAUUAAAGUUAAAAAUCAAACUUUCGCUGAAGUUUGUAAUGAACCUCUUCGUCUCUAUUGCGCUAACUAUGACGGAAUCUUGGGAAUGGGUUACAGACUAAACUCUGCUACAAACAGCAACCCUGUUUUCACUAACAUGAUACUACAAGGUCUCGUCAAGCCAAUAUUUUCUUUCUAUAUUAACAGAGAGAAAGAAGGCCCUAUAGCAGGCGAACUCAUCCUCGGCGGUUCUGAUUCUAAGUAUUACAGAGGGAAACUCAAUUACGUUCCAGUUAGCGUAAUAGGUUUAUGGCAGUUUGCAAUAGAUGGGGGUAAGAUAGCAUCUGGUGAAUCAUUUUGUAUAGGAGGUUGUCAAGCUAUUGCCGAUACUGGCUCUUCACUAAUUUUUGGACCUCCAAAAGAUAUUAUACCAAUUUUAUACGCGAUCGGAGCUGAUCCUCGUGAUCCUAACGGGGUCGUUGACUGUAAGACUAUCAGCUCUUUACCCAUCAUUACCUUCACUAUUAACAGAGUUGAUUACUCGCUUAGUGGUGAACAAUAUAUCUUACAGUUAACCCAAGAUGGAAGAAAAGAAUGCUUCAGUGGCUUCGCAUUUUACAAUGGUCCCCAAAAUUCUGUGUUGACCCUUGGUGAUAUAUUCCUCCAUGCCUACUACACCGAAUUUGACAUGGGCCUGAAUAGAGUUGGUUUCGCCAAGACUGUUAAAAGCAAAUAUAAAUAUUAG